CCACUCACUCGUUGACAUCUUUUGUCAAGUACACUCGUUCAUCCAAUUAUCCCUGACAAUCCUUCAGCCAUUAGCCAAAGCUUUAUUCUUCUUUUCUCCCUAAAUACAAUCGCAUACGACCGACGACACCUGCCAAUAUGCGCUCCUCUUCCGUACUCGUGGCCUCGGUCGCUGCGCUCUCCUCCGUCGCAAGUGCUCAAGAAAGACCCAAGUUCUACUUCCCUCGUCACAUCAAGCGCCAGCUAUACACGAACUCGACGAUAACUACACCUGCGGUUCUGCCAACUUCAGAGGACCUCAGUUCGCAUUCGACCAAGCGCGAUAGCCUUUCGGAUCUCUUGGGUGACCUUACUUCUCCGGGUUCGACUGGCACCGGGUCAGGAGCCGCAGCGAACAGCGAUGGGGUAACGACCGUUAUUAUUUCCGAGACGACUGUGGUGGGAUCGAAUACCAUUGCAACCGCUGUGGCAUCAGUGAAGACAACGAAGGGCAAUACCGAUCCACUUGGCAUCCUCACCGAUAUCAUCCCAGGGAUCGGUUCGACAGGAGGGAUCCCAGCCACGAUCGUCCAACCCACCCCGACAACUGCUCUUUCGAGUGAGAGCAGCAGCCCGUCUUCCUCCCCCGCUGCCUCCUCGGGAACCGGCAUCACCUUUGGACCAGGAGGAGUUGUGACGAGUUCGAGCCCAUCGGCAGUGGCGAGCUCGACCACCGGCGGCAAUCUACUGGGCAAUCUGCUCGGGGGGCUGACAGGCCCAGGUACUGCGGGCACGACAUCAACAGCUACACCUUCGUCCGCAGCUGUCUCGUCCCCGGCUGUCUCGCCCACAGCUGCGGCUUCCUCUACCCCAUCGAGUUCUGGCUUGCUCUCCGGUCUUCUCGGCAUCCUCUCACCGUCCUCGACCGAUUCCUCUACCGCGUUGAGCACACCAGCCACGAACGGCACGGCCUCCAGUGCAGGUUCGGCGGCCGCAUCAAGUGCAACACCGACUGAUGCCUUUUCCUCGUGGCUGGCCUCAAUAACAGGCGCUUCCACGCCUACACCUUCGCCUACAGAUGGUAUAUCUGGAGCUGCUUCUACGGGAGUUCUCGUCUCCCCCACAUCUUCCCCGGCUGCCUCUCCGUCUGCUUCCGCCUCAUCCACCUACACUGGACUAGGCGGCAUGCUUUCCAGCAUUCUUGAAUCCGGCACCCCCAGUUCUACUCCUCUCUCUACACCCACUGCUACUGAAUCAAAUUCUACUGCUCUAAUUACCUCAGCAUGGGACAGCCUUACCUCGGCCUCUGCCACGGGGCUCCUCUCGAGUAUCUCGAGCAAUGCUACUGGAACCGCGCCAUUUUCGCCCACUGGGACAGGAGCAGCCUCGAACGCCACUGCCAUUGAGACAUCUGGUACGCCCUCAACCCCAUUAGCAUCUUUGAUCACGCCAACUAGUGGAUCUCCAACGGGUACUCCAACACAUGUUUCUGAGACGGGAACAAUUCCCACGAAUGGCACGGCAAUAAUUACUCGUCCUUCGCUGGAACCUACGUCAAGCGUGGUAUCGACCCCGUCCUCCACCGUCGUAUCUACACCGACGACAACACCGCCAACCACGGCAGCGCCAUCGACAACGGUACCAACAACGACAGAGCCGCCUUCUCAAGCUCCCCAGACCAUCCUCCCCACUGGUACGGACUCUGCCUCGACGUGGCUUCCACAGACAAUUAUUGUUGCAUCAUCGUCAACGAUCCUCCCCGGAUCUGUGCCCUCUUCAAACCCGACUGAAGCUCCGAUGCCGGGUUUCAUAUCGAAUCCUAACGGAACUGCCGCGCAGCCGGAGAGCUCCACCAUGAUCCAAAUCGGUUUCCUCUACCCGUUGAACUACCAAUUUAUCGUCGCGCAUGCAAUGUCAUUGGCCCAGAUCUUCCAGUGGCUUCCCAUCGGACUUGCAGAUGGGUUGGGACUGCAGCAGCAGCAAGUCGUGGUACAAAGCCUGGUUCCACUAGACACAACACAGACCUUGGGCUAUAUUACGACUCUCGCCUAUGUAUACAUCCCUGAAAACAUGGUCAACACUCUUGCCUUGGAUCUACACGUCCCCACGGCCCCGAUUUACCACAACCCCUCGACCCCUGUCAACACCCUGAUGAACUACAUCAACCCUGCCAUCCCGCUCACGCCCGGCUCGACGCUCACGGGCUCCGAAGCCACGGGGACCGGGGGUAACAAGGCUGCUACCACCAGUGCCCCCACUGAUAACGGUCCCUUCAAUGAGGCAGCUCAAAAACCCAGUUCAUCCACGGUCAAAUCCACUGCUGGGAUCGCAACCGGUGUUGUCGGGGCCGCAGCUGCUUAUGGUGCCGCCAUGUUCUUCAUUGCGCGAAGGUACAAGAGACGCAGACAGAGCCACCGCCGGACAAGCUCACUCUUGAAUCCAUCUGAGAUGAUGCAAUCGGGAAGCCCAGCACUGCCAGGUGGUUCGAAUGCCUUCAUGGCUGGUGGUCGUACAUCCCCAGGCGAAGCCGCCCACGACAGAUACAGCAGGGGAAGCGGACGGAGCGCGGGCAACUCGGCACGGACCCAACUCAUCUCAGCACCGAUGAUGGCGGAGAACUCUCUCGGCUGGAACUGAUCGACAUCUACCAGUCCAGGCGUCGAGUCUCAAGUCAUCCAUCACACGUUCAUGAUCUUGCUUCCCCUAACUGUACAUUACCACAUCAUAGCAGCAGCGGCUGAUCUAGAGCGACGACGCAUACAUUCUCCUUGUCAUAAAUUUUCGUCUCGGCGUUGGACAAUGCCAUCAUACCCCCUCCUGUAUCACUGGAGAUCUCGUGCCGCUAUUUUUGGUAGAUGAUCUGAUCAGAGGCUUUAUAUUUAGUUGGUGAAGAAAGCUUUUGCGGUUGGAAGAAGAGGAAGAUAGGCGGAAGGCUUUGUGGUGUAGCUUUACGAUCCAACGAACAAGGAUUUUCUCAUUUCAAAAGGUUUUUACACGCGGGAGAUGGAAUGUGAGUAGUGUGAUCUAUCUUGCCUAUGGAGGGAAUGGUAAUGUGGAGGAAUCAAUCAAAGAUUUAGACCCUAUGCUACUACCUCUUAUUACCUAGUGUUUGUUGAUUGGCUCUGUCC